AUAUUUUGAGUGACCAACAGCAACCAUAUAUACCCCUCUCAUCUCACUCACUUCCACACUUCACCAUUCCUUUCCUUCUCUAAGAAAUUUCCAUUCUUAGUUAACUCUUUUUCUUCCAAUGGCAAAAAACGUUGAGGUUGCAGAGCGUGGCUCUUUCUCUAACAAAGACUACCAUGACCCUCCUCCAGCACCGUUCAUUGAUGCUGCUGAACUAACAAAAUGGUCUUUUUACAGAGCACUCAUUGCUGAGUUCAUUGCAACUUUGCUUUUUCUUUAUGUUACUGUUUUGACUGUUAUUGGAUAUAGUAUUCAGACUGAUAUUAAAGCAGGUGGUGAUGUUUGUGGUGGUGUUGGUAUUCUUGGUAUUGCUUGGGCUUUUGGUGGCAUGAUUUUUGUACUUGUUUAUUGCACUGCUGGAAUUUCAGGGGGUCACAUUAACCCAGCAGUGACAUUUGGGUUAUUUUUGGCUCGCAAGGUGUCUUUAAUCAGAGCAAUUAUGUACAUAGUAGCUCAGUGUUUGGGGGCAAUUUGUGGAGUUGGGUUGGUGAAGGCUUUCCAAAGUGCUUACUUUGACAGGUAUGGUGGUGGAGCUAAUUUUCUCCAUGAUGGGUAUAGUACUGGUGUUGGAUUAGGUGCUGAGAUUGUUGGAACUUUUGUCUUGGUAUACACUGUGUUUUCUGCUACCGAUCCUAAGAGAAGUGCUAGAGAUUCUCAUGUUCCGGUUUUGGCUCCACUUCCCAUUGGAUUUGCUGUAUUCAUGGUUCACUUGGCCACUAUCCCUGUCACUGGCACUGGCAUUAAUCCUGCUAGAAGUCUUGGUUCUGCUGUUAUCCUCAACCAAGAUAAGCCUUGGGAUGACCAUUGGAUCUUUUGGGUAGGACCAUUUGCUGGGGCAGCCAUUGCAGCUUUCUACCACCAAUUCAUCUUAAGAGCAGGUGCAGUUAAAGCUCUUGGAUCAUUCAGGAGUAACCCCACUGUUUGAGUGCUAAUGUUCAUGAUGGUUUUAAUGGAAAGAAGGAAAUUGAAAAAGAGAUGGAAUUGAUUUAUUGCAAUGUAAUUUCUUUGACAUAUCUCUUAAUUGUGUCUUCAAGAUUGUGGAUAAGUGUAGAUUUAAAGUCUCUUUCGUGACAGGGGGAGCCUUUUUACACUUUCCUCUGUAUUCCACUAUUCCCUUUAGUGUGUCAUCUUUUUUCUUUUUAAGUUAUUCUCUUCUUUCAUCCUUUGUACUCAUUAUAUAUUUAUGGAAAAAUAUUUUAAGUUUAAUUUA